AUAACAAGCUAACUGUAGCUAAGACAACAUUAGUGUAUUUUAGCGUUUGUAGCCACUUUAGGUUAAAAAUGAAAAAGUAAAAUAAAUUUUGGAGAUUGUUACUCAGUACGAAUGAGUGAUUUGUCUCAGAAACAUACAGUAAAUAUGAAUUUAGGACUCAGACCGGUCAACUAAAACAGAGAACAACACUGAACAAUCAACAACAGGGAAGUGAUUUGAAUUAAACAUGGAAAAAGGCACGUCUUCAGCACCAAAUGCAUCGCCUCUGCCAUCCAAAGAGUACCUUGCUGAGGGAACCGAGAACAUCUAUCGCACCCACACCUGCCCCAAAUGUCGUCGCUGCUUCAAGAUGCACUCUCACCUGCAGGAGCAUCUACGUUUGCAUUUCCCCGACCCAAAUCUCCAGUGUCCCACCUGCAACCGUUUCUUCACCAGCAGGAGCAAACUUUGCCUUCACCGACUCCGGGAGGCCGGUGAGAAGACCCACCGCUGUCACCUGUGUGAAUAUUCUGCAGUGGAGAAGAAUGCGAUCCGUCGCCACGUCGCCAGCAUGCAUCCAGAUGAGGCAGAGGAAGGCGCGAACAGUCAGCGCUUUCUUUGUCCCACCUGCAGUCAAAGUUUUCCCCAGAGCAGAGCGCUGAAGGCUCACAUGAAGACGCACACCAUCCUGUUGGGCAACACGCCACUGGCUUGUUUUCAGGGGGGUUGUUCUUUCCAGAGCUCUGAGCGUAAAGACUUCAUGAAACAUGUCUCACAGGAACACGGGAUCGAAGCAGUGGAGUGUCGUCACCGCGCCUGCAGCGCAGUCUUCCGAUGCGAGGCAGAGAUGGAAGCUCAUUAUCGGACACAUCUCGCCUACCACUGCUCAGACUGCGAUUUCUGCUGCUCCAAUAAAUCUGUCUUUUUGCGGCACCGGCGUCUCGGUCACCCGGGGGACAAACAGCUUUGCUGUGACUUUUGCCCCUUUGUUACGCUCAACCCUGUGGAGUUUGAGCAGCACGUCGGGCAUCUACACGCCAACGAGAAGACCCACCGCUGCUCUCAGUGCAGCUACAUCACCUCGCAUAAACGUGGUUUGAAGCGACACAUGCUGGUGCACACUGGUGAGAAGCCCCACAAAUGCAGCCUGUGUGAUUUCAGGUGCAGAGACGAAUCCUACCUGUCCAAACACAUGCUCACUCACUUAGAUGAUAAGAACUUUAUGUGUGCGGAAUGUGGAUACAUCACCAGAUGGAAGCAUUAUCUCACUGUCCAUAUGAGGAAACAUGCUGGAGAUCUCAGGUAUUCAUGUGAUCAGUGCUCCUAUCGCUGUCACCGCAUGGACCAGCUAAAGAGCCACAGUCUGCGACAUCAAGCCAAGUCCCUCAUGUGUGAGAUCUGUGCAUAUGUCUGCAAGCGCAAAUACGAGCUUCGCAACCACAUGAUGACCAAACAUUCGGGAAAGGAAAAACGGCUAGCUGCGCUUAAGUGCAAAUACUGCACGUACACUACCUGUUACCGCCAAGCCCUUCAGAACCACGAGAACUGCAAGCACACCAAGCUGAAAGAGUUUCGCUGUGCACUCUGCGUCUAUUCCUCCUUCAGUGGCAUCAGCCUCUUCCUUCACAAGAGGAAAGCUCACGGGUACGUUCCAGGGGACAAAGCCUGGCUGGAGAAUUACAACGCAAAGGAAAAGGAGAGGAACGCUGCACAGUUUGUGCAGGAUUUUUACAUUAAACCAUCAACAGAUUGUGUGCAGCUUGAACAAUCCACAGUAGAUCCUUAUGAUCCGCCACAAGAUCACGAUUCCAGCAGAGAAACUGCUGCUGCUUCACAAGCUCUUAACGCUGUUGUUGUUUCUCAGGAAGUUGUUUCAGAUAGAUCUGCCAGCAGUCCGGAGCAGUACUGCACUCUGGUGUUAACGACACUAACUACAGACGACCAAACCAAACCCUUACAGAACGAGGACAAAAGCUCAACACCUUCAAACAAUUAUAGAUCUGGUGUGUCUACUCCUGCCGGCUCACUAGAGGAAGAUAACGUAGAAACACAAGAUGGUCUCUGUGAGCAAAGUGACUUGGAUGAACCUCUGAUUAGCACAAGUCAAGCUGUUGAACCCCCAGAUGAUUCGAUACCAACGAUCAGCGCCGCUGUUCCAGAUUUACAACCUGAGGCUCGUCUGAAAGCGUUGAAGAGACACGACAAGGACCAAGCAGAAACCAUGGUUUUAGAAGGACGGGUGCAGAUGCUUGUGGUGCCAUCAGAAGAUGUCUAUCGCUGUGACAAGUGCUUGUACGUAACCCGUAAGGAGACCGCUCUGAAGUACCACUGCAGGGCUGUGUGUCACGGCAGGGCAAAGGGACACAAGUGUCAGGCUUGUGGCGCUCAGUUCAAACAGAGACGGGGCCUAGAUUGCCACCUGAAAAAGAAGUGCUCGGCACGUCCACACAAAGCCAGAACAUCGGUGGACGUUUCAAAGAUCCUUCCAGCAUCACCGGAGAAUUCAGCUGCAGGUCAGGAAGAAUCUGAACAACUGGAAGGGGGAACAAGUUCAGAUCAGGUGGACUUUCUGUCCUUGGAUAUAGGACUUCAAGAACAAGAAGUGUGCUCAUUUCACACACCAUCAUCUGCUGUUUCAGAACAUACAGUUCAGGCAGCUAAGCUUUCAAAUGUAAACAAAGCAUUAAAUAAAAGAGUCAAAAGUGUUUCACUGCAGAGAAAUCCUCUUUACGUUAAAACUGAGGGGAAAUUCAGAUGCACACUAUGCAGCUUUUCAUCAGUCCAGCUACUGACAGUCAAACAACACGUGCCGUCCUGCAGAGAAACCUUAAAUAAAAAAGAAAAUCAACUCAUUUCUGACAGGAACAACAGAAGAAGAUCUCUGAAGGACAAGGAGUAUCAUGUAGAAAAAGCUGAUGAAAGUUUUGUGAACGUUUCCAAGAAACAUCAAGAAGUCUGCUGUCCAAAGUGCACAUUUACGUGCAGCCAGAAAAGAGCUUUAGACAGCCAUAAAAAGAAAGGCUGUAUGAAAGCAGGUGAAGUCCAGUGCACCUUGUGCUCGUUUGUAGCCAAAUCCACACUUUCUUUGUCUCGACACAAACUUCGUGAUCACAAGAAGGAAACAUCAGCCCAACGUUUGCGUUGCCGGCGCUGCUCUUUCAGCUGUGAUCAGCAGCGCUCCAUGAAGCAGCAUCUCUUACUGAAACACAAAGACGCGCAACCUCACCGUUGUCACUACUGUCCAUUCAGCACCACGAGGCGCUACCGCCUGGAGGAGCACGAGUCUCUGCACACGGGGGUCGGCCGUCACGGCUGCGACGCGUGCGGCAAGACUUUUGGCACGGUGACCAAACUGCGUCAGCACAAAGUGCGCGUCCACGACAAGCAGCCCACGCACCUGUGUUCUCUGUGCGACUUCAGAAGCUGCACUCCCGACGACGUUAGACGACACAGCCAAAGAUGUCACACGGGGGAGUUGCGGCACGUUUGCACUCACUGCGACGCUCGGUUUAGUUCAGAGGUUGCUUUAAGAAACCACUGCAAACGCGCGCACCUGCUUCAGACCGGUUUUUCGUGCACGAAAUGCGACUACACAUGUAGCAGCGAUCUGACGCUGAAGAGCCACCAACUGAGCAGACAUCCUGAAGCGAAGUGUACAACCUGCCAUGAAAGUUUUCAGACCAGAGAAAGCCUUGAGAUUCACCAGAGGACUCACCUGGCACAUCGCUGCCAGCUCUGUGACUUUGCAGCCAAAACGCGGCAGCUGUUAGCGCAGCACCUGCUGAGCGAGCACGAGGACGGGCCCCAAGAAGGCAAGCCUCUGAGGUGCAGCACGUGUGAGUUCGUUUGUCAGCAUCAGCUGGUGCUGGAGCAGCACCUCCGCUCACACGGAACCAAACGCUUGUACAAAUGCACGGACUGCGAGUACGCAACCCGGAACAAACAGAAGAUCACGUGGCACAUUCGCAUUCACACCGGAGAGAAGCCGUACAGCUGUGAUCAGUGCAGCUACACCUGCUCGGAUCCAUCCAGGCUGAAGCUUCAUCUGAGAGUUCACCAAGAGCACAAGAAGUACCUUUGUCCAGAGUGCGGCUACAAAUGCAAAUGGGCGACUCAGCUGAAGUACCACAUGACCAAGCACACAGGAGAGAAACCAUACGCCUGUGACGAGUGCGACUAUCGCACUAACAGAGCAGACGCCCUCCGUGUGCACCGGGACACUCAGCACUGCAACCUGCGCCCUUACGUCUGCGAGAAAUGUGGCAAAGCCUUCAAAACGAGCUUCAUACUGAAGACCCACCAGCAGAAGCACAGCGACGGGCGACCUUACGCCUGUGGAUUGUGUCAGAAAGCCUUCCGGUGGCCGGCGGGCCUCAGGCAUCACUACUUGUCCCACACGAAGCAGCAGCCGUUCUGCUGCCGCCACUGCUCCUACCGAGCCAAGCAGAAGUUCCAGGUGGUGAAGCAUCUGCAGAGGCACCAUCCAGAGGUGGCAGCAGAGCAGGGGGUGCUGCGAGACUCUGAAGGAGAGAUUCUCACCUUAAAGGAGGCUCUGCAGGGAACUCUAGAUUAGACCAAUGGCCAACUUCCUCCGACAAACAAGUUGCUGAAGAAGUUGCUGCAGAAAUGCAAAAUGUCCGAGAGACAAAAGAGAUCCUCAGAUCUGUCUGUAUUUAUACUUAACCACUUAGUUUUAUUGCCUGUGAGAGAAAAAGUACUGUACAUACCAAAAACAAAUUAACAA